GCCAGGCCCAGCUCGCUGCUUGUCUCGCCCGUACUUAAACAGUCGCGAUCUCCAGCACAUAAACUUUUUCCUUCCCUCUCCUCCCCUCUUCUCCUCUCUCUGUGUUCUUCUCCUCCUCUUUGAUCCCUGUAGUCCCUUUAUCCCACCGGGUCCAAGAGCUACUACUACUACUACCUGCUUCUCAGUGUUUUGUUUGCAUUCAGGAUUCCAGUCCCGUUGCUUACUGCUUGUGUUUUUCUGUCCCUUUUUUGAAUCAUAACCCUCCCUCUUUCCGCCAAUCCCGCCACAUCUCUUGACUCAAAAUGUCCGACUCCAAGAACGACUACUCGCAGGCCGAAGCCGUCACUGGCAAGAAGUCCAAGCGAGAUGCCUGCAAGCGCCACUGCGCCAAGUGGUGGUGGGCUCACCUCAUCAUCUUCAUCAUUGGAGCUGUUGUCAUCGUCAUUGUCGCCAUUUACGGUGUUACCCCUAGAAUCGCCCAGGACAAGAUUAACGCUGCCGACCUCCAGGUCCAGCAUGUCAAGAUCUCUAACCCUACCUCCGAUGGCUUCGACAUGACCAUCAACUCCACCAUCACCACUGACGGCCAGGUCAAGGCCGACAUCGACCCUUUCCAGGGCAGCUUCUACCUCAAGGGCAAGGACAAGCCUUUCCUCAUCUUCCCCUUCCCUGCCACGAACGCCGACAAGUUCCAGAAUGUCAACGCCCACGAGCACAUCACCAUCCAGGACAUGGAGGCGUUCACCGAGUUCAACGCCGCCUUCAUUGGCAGCGAAACUCUCGAGGUGGAGAUCAAGGGCUACACCUACGUCACCCCCAAGGGUCUUUCCAAGAAGUACGGUGUCAACUUCUACAAGUCAUUGAAAUUCCCCGGUCUCAACUCCUUCAAGGGCACCGUUGUCAGCGACGCCAAGGCCAAUUACACGGCUGACCCUACCAAGGUCGACAACUUCUUUGCCACAGCCACCCUCCAGAACCCCUCCUACUACACCAUUGAGCUUGGCAACGCCACUUUCAACAACUACUCUCCUGCUGGCGCUCUCCUCGGCAAGCUCUUCAUUGACAACUUCAACCUUGCUCCAGGCGAGAACAAGGUCCAGACUCGUGGCCGCCUUAACCAGGGCGAUGUUGUCUCAUACCUUGUCUCCACCGGCGAUCAGUGUGGCAAGCCCAACCCCCUGGUUCUCCAGGGCGUAUCUGUCAACAACCAUGGUCAGGAUCUCCCUUACUUCGGCAACGCUCUCCACCAGGUCAACCAGACUGUCGAGGUUAACAUUGGCGAGGUUCUCUCGGCUUCUCUUGGUUCCAAUAUCUGCCCCAAGAGCUCGUAAAUGCUUGUCUUGUCACCUUUGACUAUGUCGACAUGACUGGAACACGCGGGCCCCUAUUCUAGGUGGAUUAAUUUUUGUGUACAUUGAGUUUCCCGUUGAACGGGGGUCUUUGUGUGUCUCGCCAGUGGCACUUUUGUUUUUGGAGUCAGCUUUUGCUUUUCGUGUCUCUCUGGGCACUUGUUGUUUUGGAUUGUCACCCCGCGCUGAUUGUAUGAUGGGAAUAUGUUUUGCCGCGCUACGAACGAUUUGUUAUACGAAGCGACGCGGUCGAGAAUUGAUGAUACCUUUUAGUGUACUUUGUUCAGAAUAGGUUGUUGUUACGUACUUGGUCACUGAAUUCUAAUGCUCUAAACUCAAAUUGCCCUUUCUCGCCCAACAGUGAAUAUGUUUCAUUACCUUAACACAACUAGUGAUAUGUACAGAGUCUAUAGAUGUGUAUGAUAGAAUCCCCAUUCAACAAGGAUAAAGAGUACAACCUCUCAUUUCCUGCUCGACGAGGCUGUCCCACCAGCCUCGAUAGCCGGUACAAACUCCACCGUGCUUCUAUUGCCAGACGCUCGCUCAGCCUCACGUUCCUUGGCCAGCUUGUCGCGUGCUCUACGCAGCUUGCCUCUAAAUGCCUCCUCUGGGAAUCCGCCGGGGUUCCACAGCUCAGGGCUAAGCGUUGUUUCGUACUGCGCCGGAUCCCCAUCCGGCAUCCCGACAAAGGCAAGUAGUUUGCUCGCCAGGGCCGGGUUUCGCAUAGCCGCUGAAUUUUCGAGCUUAGCAUUGAAGUGCGUUCCUUUCUUUUUCAGUGUUAGAAAUUGCUCGAAUUUCUUAUUGGUAGCAGGUGGUGGCGAUCCUGGCGGCGAGGGUGGAAUGUCAAAGUCUGGGACGGCGGGUAGGGUGAGGUCGUGAAGAAGACUGCGAUUAGAUGAGUAUGGUGACGGUGCGUCUUGGGCAUCUUGGACUGUAGGCUCGGGAUUAUCCAGUGAAGGUAAUGAUGGACCAAUUGGCUCGUUAUCUUGACUUGAUAUCGGUAGUGG